UAAGGGUUGCCGGAUUUUUGUCAUUAACCAGCCAAUUGGACGAACUUAUCGUUGCUUGUAAUACGAAAAAUAACUACCGGAUUACCAUUGCAACGCAACGCUCGGAUAUUGUCGAAUAAUUGGAGAGCUUUGGGGUACUCCAGUGAGGUGAUAACUUGGUAAUUAAGUGUUGUGCUCAAAACGGAACGAAAUCGUUGUCUAUAUGUAUAUAUACAUAUAUAUAUAUAUAUAGACAUGUACUUCCUGUGUAAAACGUGAGAGUAUUUCAUCAGUGAACUACUGGUGUCUUUACCAGUCAUUAGCAAUUUGUAUUAAAUUAGUGUGUGGAUGAACGUGGUCUGCAGUAUUUGUGUGAAUUUGUAUACACGUUGUGUUCCAGACGAAGUGUGUCAAGAAGAGUGCGUCAAAACGUAACCUAAUGGACUAUUUUGAAAGGAGCAUUUGUCCUCAUUUAAGCCGAAAAGCGAAAAGUGUGAAACACGUCUAAUAAUUUGGUCACGCCACCUUCACUGUCGGACGUCCUUUUCAUGAAGCCACUAGCGCCCUAAAUGCGUCAGUUAGUAAUCGGUACCUAAAGACAAACCAAACAGCUGUUGUUAAUCUACCUGGGACGACAUAUUAUCCAAAUGCUUAAUUAUGCGACGUAAGGACGUGUUGUGGUUUAGGUUCGAAUCCGGGCAGAGACAGACUGCGUUCCGCGCUGGAAGCCAACCGUCUGUCUGAUCGAAUACCUGAUGGCGAUACUGGACGUAAAACUUGAAACAUAGUGAACUCGUGAAGAUGCGCCAGCGGCGCCAGAUUCAAUUUGUGUAGAAAACGCGGAUGGGAACUCAAUUAGCGAACAAUUACAAUUGGAUUUGACAUCAAGCGACGAUACAUUAGUGGAGUAGACGGGUACCCGUGACCAGGACUCGUUGGAUACAAUGUGUGUCUUUUGGAUUCAUACCACUGUUCUUUUGGCAGCUGUCAUUACUACGGCGCAAACCUAUUGGCUGAGUUUGGGCUUUCAGCAAGACGUUUUGAUGCACAAUGGCUACCAAUCGGACCAAGGCGAAGCUCCCGGGGGUCCCCUCGGACCCCCGGAUUCACGUGAUGAAUUCUGUAAGGACUUGAGAGGCCUCUCAAAAGGUCAAUCGAAACUAUGCUUGCUCUACGAGGAUCACAUGCCGCACGUGGGCCGUGGCGCUCUUAUGGGCAUCGAGGAGUGCCAAUACCAAUUUCGAGAUAUGAAAUGGAAUUGUUCAACGACCCAUGACGACUCGGUGCUUGGACCUGUCCUAAAUCAAGGGAGCAAAGAAACAGCAUUUGCUCACGCAAUUGCAGCUGCUGGCGUCGUUCAUACAGUAGCUCGCGCUUGUAGAGAUGGCAAUCUACGAAGCUGUGGCUGCUCGAACGAGGAGCGACCAAACAACCUCCACAAAGAGUGGAUAUGGGGAGGCUGCGGUGAUAAUAUCGCCUACGGAUAUAGGUUCACUGAGGGAUUCGUGGAUCUACCUGAGCGCGAGCAAAAAUAUGGCAAGAAUACGCCUCAGCAGGGGAAGAAGUUAAUGAACCUCCAUAAUAAUGAAGUUGGUCGACGGGGAUACGAUGGUCCAAACUGUGUACGGUCGUUUGUUAAUAGCAAGAUAGAGCAAAUCAGUCGGCGAGACAAGUCAGUAAUCCGCGCGAUGCGUCUUACUUGUAAAUGUCAUGGAGUGUCGGGCUCCUGUUCGGUGAUCACGUGCUGGAAACAACUGUCACCAUUUCGAGCGGUCGGGGAACACAUCCGGAAUAAAUACGACCUUGCCACACAAGUGAAGCUGAACAAGAGAGGUCGUCUACAGGUACGAUCGAAGCGACAUAUUCGGACGCCGACAGCUGAUGACCUGAUCUUCAUAAAAGACAGCCCAGAUUAUUGCACAUUCAACUCCACUGCAGGUUCCUUCGGCACUCGAGACAGAAGAUGUAAUAAGGCCUCAAAUGGUCCAGAUGGAUGUUCGCAAAUGUGCUGUGGGCGAGGCUAUACAACGAAACGUAUGAAGGUCAAAGAGCGAUGCAAAUGCAAAUUUCAGUGGUGUUGUUAUGUCGAAUGCAAGACGUGCACAAACAUUGUCGAGAUCACCACCUGUAAAUAAAUGAAGAGAGAAAACCAGCCUCAUAUAUACAUAAACAAUCAACAACUCUAUAUAUAAAUAAACACUUUACAUAAACGCCGUACAUGUACACGCAGAAAACAUAGUCACAUUAUUACUCUUAAACGAGCUAAAUAAUUGAAUCACCUCAGGCUUAAUGAUGCCUCCAGCAAGUUUUGGCAAACACCUCACCAUUAUAUCUAGUUCGAGGGCCCAUAUUCAUUGAACUGCCAACGUCACAAAGUAUCCCUAUAUAAUGUUCUGUUUUGUUUGCGGAGCUUCAAACAACAAAGAACGUUAAAGUGUAUGUGACGAUGGUCGAGUGUCUCGACAAGGAUGUCCCGUAGUAAAGCAAUACGCGAACAGCACGAACAUAAACUGCGAUAUCCUCAUGAUAAUACGAUGACGAUCCAAGCCCAAUAAUAAGAAUUGGAGAAGCUACACAGUCGCUCGUCACACUCGGACGAAUACUAUGAAACUGAUUCGAGUGUCGUAAUUUAAUAUGCCCUGUAUUGUAUAGACGUAGAAAAUAUUAUUCGAGGUGAUAAUAACGACAGCUCUCAGUAGCGGUUAUCUCAAUAGCGACCUUAUAUAGGCGCGACAGUACAGAAGCUGCGAUAUCACUCGGAUUUAAAAUCAACAGCGGCCGUACUCAAAUACACCAACUAAACGGAUAUGAUACAAAUUGUGGUUCUCGCUUUAGGCUGUUGUCGUCAAUCCUGGAUUACCUGCCAAAACAACGCGCGGAAGCGCAGACGACCCGACGAGGACGUGGCAAAUAUCUAUUAUUCAUCUCACCCAAAAUCUCCUUUCCGCAGAGAUCCACCACCCAACUAUUCCGCAUUCGACACACCUUAAACUCCCUUUUCCACCGAUCAAAAUAGAUAGAACGUAUAUACAUAAAGUAGGUAAUGAUCACUGAGUGAAAAAACCCAUCAGAACAAUGACAGCCACAGAGAACUCAAGCGGACCCUGAAAACAUGAAGAAAAAUUGGGAAAGACUUAGGAUGUUUCAGAAGAUGGCGAAAGCGGCAGAUACAGCGGUACGAAGCCCGUUAAGCCGUCGAGCCAGCAAGAUAUAAUAAGUGCGGUAAUUGGGAACACUUCUUAUAAUCAGUUCUGAACAAUACGGAAAAAUCGCAAGACUGAUCAUCGUAGCGUGGCCCCUAAGAAACUACAUAGAGGUAGGAAUUCACAUACGUGUACGUCAAACUAGCCGUAAUAAUUAUAUAAGAUUUCUAUUCUCUAUGAUAUUUGUCAAUGAAAUAGGUGUCACAGAAAUGUUGAGAGAACAGAUUAACGGGUAAUUGCUAACAAGAAGAACAAACGGAGGUGAAACGAUAGGGCUCCUUUUAAGGCUCGAGACAAAAUGAAUACCUCAAAAAUCUAUGGACUUAUAAGAAGUCUAGAUACUGAGGACGAGCCGAUUCCCGUCUAGCCACUCGAUUUCGACUUGAAAUCCUGGCGGGAGAUCGGCCCGUAGCGUUCCUAUAAGACAAAAUAAAUCACUCGACUAUUGAUUAAGAUUAUUAUUAUUAUUACUAUAUAUGGCGCGUAGUGAAUUGAUAAGCGCACUCACUAAAGAAACAGUCACAAACACCUCGCUUAAAUAUACAGCAAUUUGGAGGGUAGAAAAUAAAAUCAAUCUGAGAUCUCCCUAUACGGUUGUGUUUUGCUUUAUCUAGAAUAGAACAAACCAAAAUACAUAUAAGGCGGCUCUAAAAUUUCGUGCAGUCUUAAUCAUGUUCGACAGAAUUGCAUCGCCCGCCUCGAAAGCGAUAAAAAAACGCUACGAACGUACACGCUGCGUUCUUGCUUGAACACUUUACAUGCUGGCUUGAUAACACGGUCCCUAUAUUCCGUUUGACUCUAUCAAAAUACAUGAUAUUUUGAAGACACGUUUGCCUAAUUUAAUAGUUGCGUAAUUUUGAUUUUGUAAGUUAAAUAU